AACACGCUUGAAAAUCGGACAUUUCAGUUUAAAAAGCAUGACGCGAAACUCAUUGCAUUCUCUCUCACUGAAAUUCGUCUCCUUCUCUUGGCCAUAGAUUGUCUAAUUAUUGCCUACAGAUUCUACCACACUUACCUGAUUCUGCGUCAGAUUUGGUUUGGACAAAAAAUGUUCAUCGAUGCCUCGGGUGUCGUUAGUUUUCCAUCAACCUCAUUCGUUGUGCCCAAAAAUGUACAUCCAUUCCACGAAUUUAGAACACCGAAUUUAGAAUUCCGAUCAAACAGAAUGUCACUCGGUGAAAAUGAAGCGGAUAAGAAACGCAGGAAGUUCGCUUUAAGAAAUUGUACACCAAUCUCGGAUAGGAAGGAAGUUCUUUCGACCGCUGCGCUUCUGGACGAGUUUUCAGUCGGAGAAAAUCGAUACGAAUGUCUGCACGAACAUACGGAAAAUGAAAGGGACAAGUCGCCCGACCCAACCUCAGAAACAAGAAAACGAACGGGAUCCUCACAACACAAUCCUAAUACAUCGCUGUCAGUGUCCGAUAUGGGGUCGAACGAAGGGCGCUGUUCCUCACCUUUGGCAAAUUUAGUCCCCAAUUCUAGAGAAUUUUCAUCUGAACCAGGGCUGGUUUUUCCCCCACCACCUGCAUUUGGAUCUCACCAAAAUCUGGGGUGUCUUUUGGGAAUUCGCGCCACAUGCUGCCGGCAUGCUCAUUAUUUAUCGGCUGUUGUCGGUGUGACGGUAAUUCUGGCCUUGUUUGGACUCUUGGUGAUCCAAGAACAACGAGGUUUCAAUCAGCCAACAACACUUCGAACACAUCAUGGUCCGUCCAGAGUCUCAAGAGUAGUUCAUCCACUCUAUCGGGCACAGAAACACUACGAUGCCAUGAUUGUUCGUCAGUCGGAGCGAUUGAAUUCAGAGUGGAUGUCUUGGACACAGAGUAAAGAACUGCUGAUGCGAAAACGCCUGCUGACAUAUGCGGCCAGAUUCCGUCACGAUUUUGGCUUCUUUGAGAAACAGCUGAAAGCGGAAACUGACGUCAUGGUGGAUGCGAUCCGAAGGUUGAAUACUUCCAAUUCGUCUAACGCCGAAUUAUGGAAACAACCGAUCAAGCAAACUGCUCUACCAGCCAAACUCAAUUCUGAAAUGUUACUCCGGCAGCAGAUAUGUCACUUCUUACCCGUUGUACCAGUUCGCCUAGAAAACUCCUUUAAAGCAAUUCUCGGUACAAAUAGUUUCAAAUUCUAUCAACAUUAUAACAGUAUCAGUAUUCGAAAUCUGCUGUGGACGGCCUUGGUCAGUCGAGCAAUAGAUGCGGAUUGGAAUACCUUGGAACAAGCACGCCGACUUACUAUAACCGCCUUGCUUGUUGGAAUAGUAAUGAUGGGAUGUAUUGGAAUGGUAGAUAUAUGUGGAUGGAUUUUUCAGGGACGUUACUUUCCCCGGUGUGGAUCUGCCAGGUACCACCCUCCCAUUCCCAUGCAGCAGCGUCAACGGCAAACUUGCGCAAUUCCCGUCAACACAUCACACUCUUCAGCACACCAUAUGGAAGGGGAUAUGGAAUCAGAACAAAUUGUGCUUGUUUCUCCCCAGCCUCCACCGGUUAUUCAAUGGCCAAGACCAGUUCACCGGUCAUACUUGAAACGAACCCCAAUAAAAAUACUUCCCGGUGAAAACCAGAAUGUCACUCACGCCUGCGAGACUCAUCUGAUACCUCAUUCAUGUGCCAAACACUUUACUUCUGCAUCACCAGUUCCCUUGACUGCAUUCUACUUGAAUUCAGGUCUGGUUUUCCCGCCAAACGCCACAUUUCAACAUAUUCCACUAGGUCCCACACAAAAUUCCGUUCCCGUUCUCCUCACACCACACGGUCCCACACCUACACUUUUGCUGAAGUCUGACAGCCAGCAGACCAUGUCCGCUAUCACCUGAAUGACGCAAUCAAGGCAGAGAACAUUCCAAAGCGUUCAAUACACAUUCUGAAGAAACACUAAACCAAAUUGAAUUUUCAGUAUCGUUAUGAUUAUUGUCUACCCUUUAUGAUAACAGAUGGUGGUUACUUGGUAUUGCUUCUUGCAUAAAAUUCGAAUAAAAC